ACUGUUGUCAUGUCACAGAAAUGACUAUCAAAACCAACGAGAAGUCAAUCAUGUGUAAAAAGAAAGAAAAGAAUGUCGUGAUUACAAAACAGGAGUUUGUUGGAUCUGAUCUGACCCCUUCAGGAGCAUGUCCCAAACCACAGUGAUACAGACCUGUUGACGUCCAACGAAAACAGUAAAAUGUCAACAUCUGCUCGGUGUUACUUGUGUAACAACUGUAGCCUCAAAGGCAUGAACUGCAAGAACAAUCUACGCAAUGGCAUCAGCAGCAAACAUUGUAGCUGUAAUAAUGAAAUGGAGCUGUGUGCAUACUGUGGAGUGUGUAGGGACUGUCUACAAACACUCUCGAUUGCCCAUGCCACAAUUCAACCUUGUUUCAGAGCAAAACUUAAUACUGUGGCAUCUGUUAAGCGAGCAGGAAGUAAUCUAAGUUUUUCUCAGGAGAAAGCCGAAUAUGUGUUCCCAGAUUGUCUAAACUUGCUACACUGUAAUGUACUGGGUAUCUGUCUCAACAGAGGAUGUCACUACAUUAUCACUAUUGCUGGUCCUAACAAUAAACUGGAAUAUGAUACAGGAGAGGGAAAGAUCUUUGUUGAUGGUGAACAAAAAGAAAAUGUGAAAGACAAAUUGGAUUGUAAAAUGAGUGACAUCCUGGACUUUGAACUUCUCUUGCUUGAAAGAAAAGACACCAUAGUCCAGGUACUGAAGAUCAGCAGAAACUCAGAGAUGAUAUACUGGAUUGACCACGCAGACAGUAACGCUACAGUUACUAUCUCCCCAAACAAACCAGGCAAUAUCAUUGUAUAUACACCGAAUCUUAUGAGAAUGGAGGAGUUAAACACAACAGGAGAAGAAAGCUUCCAUGACGGAGUACUGAAAUGUUGUGGUCCUUUCCCGACAGUGAUAGAGAGACAGAUGUCCAUCAUGUAUCCAGCAGUUGAGAACAUGCUUUUCAAGAACCAUGUUGUGGACUUUACUGGAUCCACAGGUGUGAUGUUACCUGAGACAGUGACCUGGAAACAGGUAUUGUAUCCCUCCCUAGGAGCACUGGCAGGAACACAGAUCUACCAUCCUCUAUGUAUGACAAGAUCAAACACUGGUAUGGAGAUAGAGGACAACCAUGAUAUAUGGCUGAGAAAAAACCUGGUUCAUCUUGUAAACGCCAGUGGCUACAAGCUUGAUUCAGAGACAGCAAAGUUUGGGGCCUUUCUCAUCUGGGGAUGGCACUGCCUGCUCAUACACUACCCACAGUUGGACCUGCCUCCCUAUGAACAUCUACUACCAGAGCUGGCGUCUAAUCCAGACCAGAGGUACAACAACUUACGGGUUGGGAAUGGAUUACAGGAAAUGCUAAAAAUCGCUGCAAUAGACAUGGUUGCCAAUUUUGAUGAAAAUACAUUUGGCAUGACAGUAUUCCCAAAGAGCACUGUGUUAGAUGAGAGUGCUAUGGAACUUCAACUUUCUUUUGAAAAGAACCUGGAUAGUUCUGGGCUAACAUCAACAAUGAGCUCUAUGAUGCCUGGUCGCAUGCUGUACAUCUGUCCUGGACAUGCUGCGAGUUGGCAGAUUGGAACAGUGCUCUCAGAAAUUCCUGUGGACACAUUCCAAGGAUACUCCAACUUCAUUACCUCCAUCAAACUGCCAAACAAUCGUUUGACUUCAAUCCCAGAAGAAGUGCUCUUGAAUCUUCCUCAUCUGUUGAAACUGGACGUCAGCGAGAACUACCUGGAUAUUCUGCCUGAAAGUCUAGGACAGUGUUUGAAUUUGCACUAUUUGGACCUGGCGGAGAAUAACUUGCUGGACCUGCCCACCACAUUGAGUAACUGUAAACUUGUGUGUAGAGUAGACAUCAGUCACAAUAGAAUGGAGUUCAUGCCGCCAGUACUUCUAAAGAUGCCAGGAUUGAAAAGGCUGAUUGCGAAUGAUCUGAUGUGGACAAGCCUACCAGAAAAUAUUGGUGACAUGCCCAGCCUUGAUGUCUUGUACAUCAAUGGGAACUGCCUAACAAAACUCCCAAAGAGCUUUGCUAAACUACAAAAAUUGACCGAGCUUUCUCUGCCAGGUGUAAUGUGGCUGAAAAACAAAGCUAAUCAGUUUCAAUCAAAGGCCUUCUUUGAGAACUUUCUGGAAGGAAGAGGAAUCAAACGUUGGAUGAGAGCAUUGCCUGAAGCAGAGAGAGUGGAUGACGAAGAUGUGUUCAAGUUGUUUAAUAUAGACAGUAGCGGGACUCUGGAUACAAAACAGAUAGCUAAGUUGAAUGCUAUCCUCUUCUCCCUCUUCCCAAGGUUUGGCUACAAAGGCAUAGACCCACCAGAGGAUAACACCCCAAGUGGAUUCCCUGAGGAGAUUCUAGCACUGAAGAAUCUGACCUACCUCAAUCUCCAGUACCAGGGUAUUGUCCAUAUACCGGCAGGCAUUCAGAACCUUGAGAAGCUGGAAAAUGUAACACUGGCCUACAACCCCAACCUCUUGUCCAUUGCUGCAGAGGCUGGUCGUUGUCCACUGAGAAGGUUAAUCUUGGAUGACUGCCCGUUGCUGAAAACUCCUCCAAAAGAGAUCAGAGAGCGAGGAUUUACAACAACCCAUGCCUACCUUAAACGUCUGCUGACAGGAUCUGUCGACUGUAAACGUACAAAACUGAUGUUGGUGGGUCUGGGAGGAGCUGGUAAAACCAGCUUAGUGAGAGCUCUUAUGUCUAGCAUGCAUGAGGAAGUGAAUCUGACUGGAGCAGACGCUAUCACUGAUGGUAUUGACAUCUGUACCUGGGAUGUGGAUUACAAGGGAGAGACAGUGUCCUACAGUGUGUGGGACUUCGCUGGCCAGACUAUCUACUACAACACACAUCAGUUUUUCCUAUCAGACCGAGCUGUGUACCUGUUGUUAUGGAAUAUAAGACUUGGACAUGAACAUGCUGGUCUGAAUUUCUGGCUCAACUCCAUCACAGUUCACGCUCCUAAAGCUCCCAUCUUUGUGGUCGGAACCCACACUGACCAGAUGACUAAAGUGGAGCUACCAAUGGACGAAAUGAGUCUAUCUUAUCACCAGAUAGAGGGUUUUCACUUUGUCAGCUCCAAAAAUGGAAAUGGUAUCUCUGACCUGAAGGAGGCCUUGUUUAAAGUGACUCUACAACAGGAGUACAUGGGAGAAAAAAUUCCUCAGGCUUGGCUUCAGUUUGAAUCCAUCAUCGCAAAGGAAAAGGUGACAAAAAAGAGUGAUGUGUUGUCCUACCAACAGGUGGAGAACUUAGCUACAGAGGCUGGAAUCGUGGAUGCUGUUGAGUUGGCUCAAGCUAUCCAGUUCCUGCAUGACCUCGGGUCCGUACAACACUUCCAGAAUGAACAUUUACACAAACAUGUGGUGAUCAACCCACAGUGGAUCGUGGAUGUGAUGGCUUGUGUAGUGUCUGUUAAACAGUCCUCCAUUCAGGAUGGCCAUCUGAAACAUUCUGACAUUGACAAAGUUUGGGAAGAUUAUCCAAAGAUGUGUGACUGGCUCCUGAAAUUGACAGAACAGUUUGACCUGACAUUCCAGUUGGAAGGACAGAAAUGUAACAUUGUACCAUGUCUACUUCCAGAAAAACGUCCAGAGUUUGAAUGGCCAGUGAUGAGCAAAAAUGACGGCGUUUAUGAGACCAUGAUGAUCUACAAGUUUGACUAUCUGCCAGCUGGCCUUUUCAACAGAGGACAGGUGAGGCUUCAUGGGUACUCGGACGACUCUGUGAUCUGGAAGAAAGGAUCAUUUCUGACGAAAAACGGCCAGAUCGCCUUGAUACAGCAGAUUAAGGACUCUGAGUUAAAUGUAAGAGUUCAGGGAAUGAAGCCAGACAAUCUGCUGCUCUUUAUCCAUGAGGUGUUUGAAGGUCUGAUUAACGAGUCCUUCUACGGCGUUACCUAUGAUUAUGAGAUACCCUGUCCAGACUGUACCAAACAGUAUGUGAAUGACCCCCACAUGUUCAAGGCGUCUGGUAUUCGUCGUGCCCUCGAACUGAAAGCCCCAUUCCUCCAAUGUCAGUCAUAUUUCCACACCGCCCCAGUUCUCAAUCUCCAGGGUAUCUUAGCCCCUGACACCAACAGCGAUUUUGAAGUUCAUCUCGAUCAGGACGUCAACAAUCUACAACAGAUGCAGAAUGAAAUGUCAGUUGAUAUCUUCCUGUCGUACUGCAUCAAAGACGCACCAGGCGAUAGGUCAAAGGUGAUUCAUCCAGCGACUGUCUACGCUGACCUUGAAAAGGAGGGCUACUCAUGUUACUUUCCGGAAGGCAAAGAACUCAUCUCUCGUGAGGAAAUGGCAAAAAAAAUUGUACACGCAUCAGUGUUUCUCGUGUUUAUCUCCAACAAUUAUGCAGCAAAUGACAUCUGCUGUGACAUGUUCAAGUACGUCAUUAACACCAUGAGGAAGCCAACAAUUGUUGUGGCUGUGGGAGAGAACUUUGACUGGAAACAGAGCCCUACAUUAGGAGUGUUUGUGACGGAUCUGGUUUUUGUGAACAUGAUCAACUCUAAGAAGGAUGUGUACAAAACCAAGUUUGCUGAACUGCUGACCACUCUACAGAAGAACGAGCAGCUGAGUCUGACGAGGCCGGAGACGUCCAACUCUUGCUUCAUCAGUUACUCCUGGGUCAAUUCUCGCAGUGCUGUGGACUCGGGCACAAGGGAGCUGUCUGGAGCUAUAGGCCCAGGGGACCCUAGGGAACUGAAGAAUUACUUAGAGGAGCAUGGUGUAGGAUGCUGGAUUGAUAUUGAACAAGUCAAUGUGAAUGACCAGCUGUUUAGCAGAAUCGCAAAAGGAAUGUCAGAGGCCCGGAUAGUGGUCGCCUGUGUGUCGGAUGAAUAUGCGGAGUCAAAGACUUGCUGUAAAGAACUUCGCUUUGCCCUGCAGCUUGGUUUACCAGUUGUGAUAGCAAUUGUUGGGACAGGUGAACGUUGGAAACGUACAGAGAUUGGUUUCCACUCCUUGUCAUUUCCUACAGUCAGCUUUCAGCAGCACAAUAAUAACGCUUGUGAAGAUCUGUUGAAGCUUGUACAGAAAAACAUGCUGUCAGAGCGCAAGGAUGAUGCAGAGGAAAAGAAGAAGAAGAAAGACAAAUCUAACGAGGAGAAGGCAAACAGAUCAUUUCAGGAAAUGUACGAAUUGGCCCAGAGGAAGUUCCUCAGACAGAUAGCCAGCUAUGCUAGUAACCAGGACAUUGGUAACUACCCGCGACUGUUUGUGAUAGAUGUCAUUCAGUCAAAAAAGAAAACUACAAUUACAGAAAAUGAAGAAGAAGUUGAAAGAGAGCUUGAUUUUGACUCUGUCAAGAAUAAAGGGUUCAUGGUGAACGUAUAUACCAUGUGUGAACAUGAACAGGGUUGGCACAGUGUGUGUGAUCCAAUUGAAAUGAGGUUCAGAUUUUCCGCUGAACAAAUUGAGGAAUAUGCAUCCUACCUUGCUCGUAUUACCAUGGUGAUGAGACACGACCCUACCUUUACUCUGAGCCUAUACAGCACUAACUCGGGCCAACACUACCUCAAGAUGACACAAGAGCUGGCCAUGAAAAACACAAACGAUUUCCAGACAAGUUACCAUAACUUACGCCAGUUAGUGUUUGAUUUGGACACAAAGAAAGAAAAGGGAAAGCUACACAGGUGCCGAAUGCCUAGUGGAAAGACAUUUUGGUUGUGUGAGAAACAUUGCAAGGAUAUGAAGGCCACGAUUUUGAGUGACAAGGUGACCGAGGUGAAACACAAGGUCACCAACCAACCAUGGCUAGAAGCUAUGCUGGAUUGUCUGAGAAUGGAGCAAAAAUAUCCAUUUAAGUUCAGAUCCAUGAAAAAAGCCAAAAGAAUUCUGAAAGAUUUGAAUGUGGAUGAUGUUGAAAAAGAUUCAAUGAGACGCACCAUGUCCCGCAGUGCAUCUACCUUGGGCAAGGGGGCACACAAGGCGGCCUUGAAAGAGGCACUUAAGGAGAUAAACCAAGAGGAACAACAACCAAAGGAAUCUGCAAUGAAGAAGAAAUCAACAGGUGGCAAAAAGUCUGUUGGCUUUGCUUCAGACCCGUCUACAAGUACGGAGGACCUGAAUAAACAGGAAAUGUCAUCUCAACAUUCAGGAGAUUUACAGGAUGAGGAUCAGGAAAAGGGAAGGAAGGAAGGAAAAGAAGUAGAUAAGAAAGAAAAACAGAAUGAAGAAGAAUCAAAAGAUGCUAAAAAGGAAGUAACACCUUCCCCAACCCCAGAGGCCAAAGAGAUUAAUCCUGCCCCUACCCCAGAGGCCAAAGAGGCUAAUCAGGCAGUCCCCAUCCCAGAGGCCAAAGAUAUUGAUCCUGCCUCUACCCCACAGAACAAAGAGAGCAGACUUGCUCCAUCACCAGAAACCAAACAGAACAACACCACUCCUACAUCUCCCCAAAAGGAGAACAACCCAAAGUCAGACCCACAAGGUUCUCCCUCCAUCUCACAAUCUGGGGAUAAAACGCGACCAGCCAAGCCCCAAGGGAAUGAUCAACAAUCUGUGUCAAAACCUGUAGAGAAAAGCAAAGCCUGUGUUAUAUUGUAGACAGUCACAAAACCUGUAGAGAAAAGCAAAGCCUGUGUUAUAUUGUAGACAGUCACAAAACCUGUAGAGAAAAGCAAAGCC